AUUUUGUGUACUGAGCGUGAAGCUGCGGACCGUAGAAGUGCACAUUAAUCCAGAAAAUGAUGGUGGUCGUUAUUAUGCUUUGCUUGCUCUGGGGUGCUGCAGUUGCAAAGGGGAACGGGAAUAGAACCACGGUAAACCUUCCAGACGAGAUUGCAUUUCAAGUUUACGUCGCCUUUGACAACGUCCUGCACACCGCUUUCAGCAACGAAAGAGAGGCACAGAAGUACGCCGUCGUGUUCUUCAAUGCGAUAAAUCUAAUCUUUCAAAACAUGACGAAUCCGAAAAUCAAGUUCGAAGUCGUUCUGUUCCACGGUCAGUUCUUAAACUUUACGGGGCCUGCUCUUACUUUGGAGUCCAACGAAGUGGACGCCCACAAAAGCCUCACUUCAAUCGAUAAGUUCAUCAUGGACAAAGCGCAGUUUCAUCCGUCAGACAUCCUGUUCGUCUUUUCCGGGCGGAAGGUAUUCACAAGAGGAUCGAACAACAGGAAAGAAUAUUCGCCUCAAGGUCUGACAUGGGAGGGAGGAAUAUGCAACGGGAGCAGAAAGAUAGUCAUAGUGAGCGACAUAGGCAAGCACUUCCAAGCCUUACCGAAUGCUGGGUUCCAGCUCGCGCGCCUGUUAGGUGCACCAACUGCGUGCACACCUAACUUUUACAAACUGGGAAACGGCCUUUUCCGUCUCUCAGAAUGUGCUAUGAAGAACAUUACAAAAAAUCUCGAAAAGCUGCAACGAGACCAUCCUGAUAUUGCUGGGGAAUGCUUCGGACGACGGUACCAAAAAACACUGAGCUUCCACUACCUCGAUCUUCCAUACACAAUGGUUGAUGAGGACGACUUCUGCGUGGCAGUCCUAGGAAAACCGGGCUUGAUGCAACGCGCUGGCUCCUGCAAUCGAGACGACGUGCAGGAGUACUUCAAGAAAAUAUAUGACACAGCUCACGUGCGAAAUAUGGUCACAUCUAAAAACACUCAAUGCGUCUUCGACUGCUGCAUGCUUGACUUUUUCACGACGGAGUAUAAGUUCCAUAGCUAUUAUGCUUUUGAUGGGAAGCCUUGCGGCGACAUAUACAACAAGCGGAAUAGAAGAAACUGUGUCCUUGGCGCAUGUGUGGCCCAGAACUACACUUUGCCUUUCUGACAGAGAACCAGAUCGACGACAAGGUCGUGGAGUACGCGCCUUCCAGUUCCAUGUGGAAACGACCUCUUGAAGGGUGAAUGCAUGAAAACACUGCUGCACUAUGCACUA